AUGUUUACUGUCCGCAGCCAUGUGCCGGCCGCCCUCCUCAGACUUCCCGUCAGCAAGCGGCUGCUGUCGUCGACAUGUCACAGACCGGGACCGCCCCAUCUCGAAAAAGCCAUUGUGCAAUCCGAAGGCCCCGUAGCCGAACAGCUCGUCGCAACCGGCCUAUGGAAACCCACGCGGGGACCCGGUGCCAAGAAGACGAAAGAAAAGACGAAGGAUGUCCAGGGCGACAAGACCAGGGUCAACAUCGUCAGUGACGGGCUAUGUGACGACAUCCUCUCCUACGUUGGCUCUUCGCUCGACCGACACAAGGGCUGCGACAUCAUCGACAUCAACCCGGGCGCCGGAGUAUGGAGUCGCAAGCUACACGAACGCCUCCAGCCCCGAUCCCACAUCCUGAUGGAGCCCGACGCCGAGUUGUAUCGGCCAUUCCUCGAGCCCAUCCUCGAGCGGCCCGGCGCCACCAUCGUUCCCAAGUCGGGUCUCGUCUGGCGAGACCUCAACUCCAUUUUGACCCCAGAGUAUUUGCCACACCAAGUCGUCCCCGAGCCCGCCGAACAGAUGCGCCAGAACGACACCCUCCUCGUCACCGCCAACUUCUCCUUCCACCCCAAGAAGCGCUUCCACACCUUCGAAUCCAUGGCACAACUAUUGCUACACCAGUUUGUCGACGCCGUCCGUACGAGCAACCUAUUCCAGCGGUACGGGCUGGUCCGCAUGCUGGUAUGGACCAGGAGCGACGACAAGGGGGGCGUCAUUCCGAAAUCUAUGCAGAAGCGGAGGCGGGGCGCCCUCGAAUUCGAGCUUUUGUGCGAGUACGUCCACGAGGUAUGUGGCCGCGACGUGCCCGAAUCGCCCUGGUUCAUCCGCGAGGACGCCAUCAUCAACGACAGCAACAGGACAACACUGAAGAGGAUGCGGGCUGCCAAGAUGCGAAUGCCUGCGGGCAGAGAACCCGAGUCUUUGAAGGGAGCCCUAGCCGCGUCCAAAUCCCGGGUGAAGGGACCCGUGCCGGGAAAGUCGCUGCCAACCUUCCAGAGGCCCUUUCAAGCCACUCUGUCGGACCUGGAGACGGCGCACGAUGAGGAUCUUUUCGCCAAAGGCUCCGAGGAUUUCAAGGCCCUGCAACGCUACCGGUGGAGGUCGAGCUCGGAGGACAGGAAGCACCAGCGAAUGCUUGAGCUGCAAACUGCCCUCGAUCGCGUCGUUGCCCUGCACAAAUCCAGCAGGGCAACCCCCAAGUCGAUUGAGGCAGCCGAGGCAGAGUUCCUUGCGCUUUGUCAGGGGGGUCAGGGAAUGAUUGGCGAGUUCACCACAUACAAAGACAAUAUCCACCUCUGGCGUCAGGACCCGCCGUUGCUCAAUUGGGACCGUCGACAAUACGACCCGAUGGUGGUACGGCCUGCCGAGUUCUUCCCUAAUAUUGAGUGCAGCCUCCUCGAUAUCCAGCCCAAGGUGGUACAUCCGCUGCUCCGCCAGACGGGGCCAAACUCGAACCGCGCCGCCGAUUCGUUCGAGCUGAUCACUGGUUCUCUGAUGAACCAAGGUACGCAGCCGCUGGGUCAGACCUUGGAUGCUCUGUGGCCCGGUGCCGCUGACUAUAUCCUCCCACGCUGGAAGAGUGGUAAGGAUUUUGCCCGUGGGGGCUUCCUUGACCACCUGAAGCAUGCAGAGCCGACAGCGAGGCUGUUGAAUGCAGGGCAAUGGGAGGAGCUCCUCGAACUAUGGAUGGAGUGGCCCUUUCGCCCGGAGUUCCACGAGCUGGUUGCACGAACGCAGGAAGACUGGGAUAAGUACGACGAGUCGGGACCCGUCGCCAACUGA